UCUCUCUCUCAAACACCGUUUCUUCUUUAAUUCGUCUGAUUUAAGGCGGAGGCGUUACCAGUGUGAGAGCUCUUUUGAACUCUGGAUCUCUCUGUUCAGCGUUUUACCAGCGACGUUUCGUUUUUUUUUUUGGGAUCUGCGAUACAGAAACAGAUUUAACAAGUUAGCUGCGUUGGAGACUAUGGAAGAAGUUCAGCCUCCAGUGACACCACCCAUUGACUCUAAUGGAGACAGAAGUGAAGCAACUUUCUUGGACUUAUGCGAGAAAGUUUUAUUCCUUGAAGGGAGCGUUUGCGAUGAAGCUUUGAAGUUGUUUACAGAAACCAAACAGAUUUUGUCAGCAAACAUGUCUAACAUUGGAAGUGGAACGGCGGAGGAAGUGGAGAGGUUCUGGUUUGCGUCUAUUCUCUACUCAGUAAAGAUGCUUUCUGUGAGAAGACAAGUGGAUGGCAAGUCAGUAGUGGCUGGUGGUAAUGGUUUUAAUCUAUGUCAGAUACUGAGGGCUCUAAAGCUCAAUAUUGUGGAUUUCUUUAGAGAGUUGCCUCAGUUUGUGGUCAAGGCUGGUCCUGUGCUAUGUGAACUUUAUGGUUCAGACUGGGAGAGCAGACUUCAGGCAAAGGAGAUGCAGGUGAACGUUGUCCAUCUUAGCCUUCUAAGCAGUUACUACAAACGAGGGUACCGCGAAUUCUUCUUGACAUACGAUGCAAACGCAGAAAACACCCCAGCUAACUCUCCUAGUUACUUGCCGGAUAGUUACCGUUUUGGAUGGUUACUCUUUUUGGCACUCCGAAACCACGCCUUUAGUCGAUUUAAAGACCUUGUGACAUGCACGAAUGGCCUAGUUUCUAUACUGGCUAUUUUGAUCAUACACGUCCCUUGCCGGUUUAGAAAUUUCUGCAUCAAAGACUCUUCACGCUUUGUAAAGAAAGGUGACAAAGAUGUAGACUUGAUUGCAUCGCUUUGCAAGAUAUAUGACGCCUCGGAGGAUGAGCUGAGGGCAACAAUGGACAAGACCAAUAAUUUGAUAGAAACAAAAUUGAAGAAGAAGCCAUCCGCAUGCCAAACUGACAAGCUAGAUAAUAUUGACACAGAUGGUCUGACAUACUUUGAGGAUUUACUGGACGAGACAUCCAUCUCAUCCAGCUUGAUCACACUAGAAAAAGAUUACACUGAUGCAGUCUGUAAUAAAAGCGAACUUGAUGAGAGAGUCUUCAUCAAUGAAGAGGAUAGCUUGCUUGGAUCUGGAAGCUUAUCUGCAGGAGCUGUUAAUAUUACUGGCGUUAAGAGGAAAAUUGAUUCUUUGAGCUCACCUGCGAGGACAUUUAUAAGUCCACUCUCUCCUCAUAAGUCACCUGCCGCUAAGACGAAUAGUAUUGGCUGUGCUAACAGGUUGACAGCAACACCAGUGAGCACAUCAAUGACAACUGCCAAAUGGCUCAGGACUGUUAUAUGUACGCUUCCGCCAAAACCUUCUCCUGGGUUGGAACGUUUCCUGAAAUCAUGUGAUAGGGAUAUAACAAGCGAUGUCACGCGAAGAGCACAUGUGAUAUUAGAAGCUAUUUUUCCAAAUAGUUUCCUUGGUGACCGAUGUACAGGCGGAAGUUUGCAACCUGUUAACCUUAUGGAUGACAUAUGGGCAAAAGAGCGGAGAUUAGAAGCUAUCAAGCUAUACUACAGAGUUCUUGAGACACUGUGCAGAGCAGAAGCCCAGAUUCUGCAUGCAACCAACUUAAACACUUUACUGACAAAUGAGAGGUUCCAUAGAUGCAUGCUGGCCUGUUCAGCUGAAUUGGUUCUUGCUACCCACAAAAGCAUAACAAUGUUGUUCCCGGCUGUUCUGGAGAGGACUGGGAUCACAGCCUUUGAUCUCUGCAAGGUUAUAGAGAGCUUCAUCAGAUACGAGGAUUCUCUGCCUAGAGAAUUGAGACGGCAUCUGAACUCACUUGAGGAACGGCUGCUCGAGAGUAUGGUAUGGGAGAAAGGCUCUUCGAUGUACAACUCUCUGAUCAUUGCCAAGCCAUCGCUUGCACAGGAGAUUAAUCAGCUCAGAUUACUAGCUGAACCGAUGCCAUCUCUGGAUGCAAUUGCAGCGCUUAUUAACUUCUCUGAAGGACUAAAUCAUGCCUCAUCUAUCCAAAAGCAUGAAACAUGUCCAGGACAAAAUGGGGAUAUUAAAUCGCCCAAAAGACAGUGUACUGAUUACCACAGCGUUCUAGCUGAGCGCAAUUCCUUUACAUCACCAGUAAAGGAUCGUCUGUUGGCAUCUGGCAACGUUAAAUCCAAGCUGCCACCACCUCCGUUGCAGUCUGCAUUUGCUAGUCCUACACGGCCCAACCCAGGAGGUGGAGGAGAAACUUGUGCAGAAACUGGGAUCAAUAUAUUCUUCACUAAGAUUAAUAAAUUGGCUGCUGUCAGAAUCAACGGAAUGGUGGAAAGGCUACAACUUUCUCAGCAAAUAAGGGAGAGUGUAUAUCGUCUCUUCCAACAUGUACUUACUCAGCAGACUUCUCUUUUGUUUAAUCGACACAUUGACCAGAUCAUUCUCUGUUGCUUUUACGGAGUGGCCAAGGUGAGCAUGUUAUCCCAAAUGAGGCUGACUUUCAAGGAAAUCGUAUUCAACUAUCGGAAGCAACCACAGUGUAAACCACUAGUUUUUGGCAGCGUUUAUGUGGAUUCUUUUCAUUGUCGCCGUCAAGGGAGAGUAGGGCCAGAUCAUGUUAACAUCAUCACAUUCUACAACGACGUAUUUGUUCCUGCCGCAAAGACGCUGCUGGUGGAGGUAGUUCCUGUGAAAAACGACCAGGAUGUGGAGGCCAAUAAUAAGCCUGAAGGUCAUUGCCCUGGAUCCUCGAAAGUAUCAGUGUUUCCCAGUGUUCCAGACAUGUCCCCUAAAAAAGUAUCUGCUGUGCACAAUGUUUAUGUUUCUCCCCUAAGGGCAUCAAAGAUGGAUGCUCUUAUUUCACACAGCUCAAGGAGUUCAUAUGCUUGCGUUGGAGAGAGCACACGUGCUUACCAAAGCCCUUCAAAAGACCUAUCAGCCAUCAACAAUCGGUUGAACAACAGCAGCAACAGAAACCGCAAGAGGACGCUUAACUUUGACGUAGAACUGGUCAGCGAUUCUAUGGUAGCAAACAGCCUUCCCCUCCAAAAACAACAAAACCAAAAUGGAAGCGAUGCAUCUCCCUCAGGUGGUGCGCCCCUCAAAACCGAGCCACUACAUUCAUAGAUCAUCAUCUUUCUCUCUAUCUGCAACGCCAACUUCACUUCAAAUACGCUUACCAUCUGUAAAUCCUUUGCUUAGAGAGUUUUUUUUUUUUAAAUGUUUUUAGUUUUCUAGUCAUCACGUCAGGC